AAAACGAAAACUCGGCCUGGGAUCGAGGCUAUACACGUGUAGCUAUAAUUAUCUCGACUGUGUAGCGCGCUAGAAGAACCAAGCUACUGUUAGAAUGGCUGAGUACGACCUCACCACCAAGAUUGCUAGCUAUCUGGACCGCCACCUUGUGUUUCCUCUGCUGGAGUUUCUUGCUGAGAGAAAGAUCUACAAUGAGUCAGAUGUGCUUGAGACUAAGAUCCAGCUGUUAACGCAAACCAAUAUGGUGGACUAUGCUGUAGAUGUGUACAAGCAGCUUCACCCCGACAGUCCUGACCCAGAAGAUUUAGUCGAAAGGAGAGGGUUAGUUGUGAGUAAGCUGCAUGAAUUUGAUCAGGCUCUUGGGCCAAUCCUCGACAUCCUUACCGACUCAGAGGAACUCGAAAGUUCAAGUGGAAAGGAGGAUCAGAAUUUGCUAGAAUAUUUGAUUCAAAAUCAUCAGUUUGAGGUGAAGAUGGUGGAUGUAAUUCACGAUUGUGCCAAGUUCAAGUUUGAGUGUGGAACAUAUGCUGAUGCAGCAGAGUAUCUAUACUUUUACAGACUAUUGGCACCUGCUGACCACCAGAAUCUAAUGAGUGCUGAGUGGGGAAAGCUGUCGUGUUCCAUUCUAGUGCAAGACUGGGACAGUGCUUUGGAAGAGCUCGCUAAACUGAGGAGGGAAAUUGAUGAGACACCAAAUGUUCCUCACCUGACGAGACUUCAGCAGAGAACCUGGCUAAUUCACUGGAGUCUGUUCGUCUACUUCAACCAUCCCAAGGGACAAGAAGAGAUUAUCAACUUAUUCUUAUUCACCCAAGAUUACCUAAAUGCUAUUCAGACGUGUUGUCCUCAUAUCUUCCGUUACCUGACAGCUUCGGUCAUCACCAGCAAGAAGAGACAGACCCUGCUCAAAGACCUCGUUAGAAUCAUCAAACAUGAAUCUUACGCUUAUCGAGAUCCGAUCACUGAGUUUGUGGAAUGCCUCUAUGUCAAGUUUGAUUUUGACCUAGCUCAGCAAAAGUUGGCAGAAUGUGAAAAAGUACUGGAGAAUGACUUCUUCCUAGUUGCAUGCAAAGGAGCCUUCAUUGAGAAUGCUCGUCUCUCUAUCUUUGAGACCUUCUGUAGGAUCCAUCACUGUAUCAGCAUAAGCAUGCUAGCCACCAAGCUGAACAUGAGCAGUGAUGAUGCUGAGAAGUGGAUUGUGAACCUCAUCAGGAAUGCAAAGUUGGAUGCAAAGAUUGACGCAUUGGAGGGUCAUGUCAUCAUGAACACACAGACGACGUCACUCUAUCAAAGAGUGAUUGACAAAACUAAGAGUCUGGCUUUCCAGAGCCAGUUUGUUUCUCAGAACAUUGACAAGAAAAAAGCAGCCAUAUCUGCCGUGCUGGCUGGAGGGGCACCCCCUCAAGCUGUACAGCGUUGGGCACCAAGUUGAACACAAGUCAUGUAGAGUGUUAAUAUAUAGCUGAACGAUCAUGCAUAAUCAUGACUUAUCAGGAUUUAUCAGGACUGUGUUUUGUAGGGACUUUCCCUAAAUUUGUCACUGUUGCGCAUGUUUUCUUUAUUGCUUA